AAUGCAGCGACGCGUAGGAAAAGGGUUCGCCCACAUCUCUCCUCCACUACCGCCAUCUCGCAUGGGCUCUCUUUCAGAAAAACCGGCUUCCCGCCUCAACCAGAAGACCCUUGGUGUCACUAACAGGAUAUGGCUCAUUCUUGUGGUCUUCCUCGGACUUGUCCUCUUCACUCGUUCAAUACUGCCGUCAGACACGUCAUACUACGGAAGAUAUAGACCCGUGCAUAUCGACGCAAAGCCGAGGAACUACCUGAAUGUCACAGAAGGGAGCCCUGUACCGUUCACCUUCUGUCCUGCGCUUGGUCCUGGUGACGAGCUGGCCGACAAGUACGAUCCUGUUGCACUUCAGAAGACGAGACUUCAUACAGGCACCGGUGCGCGGAUACAGCGUGUCAUCACCAGAGCUCUGCAGGGUCUACCUGUUACGAUAAGCGUGGUUGGUGGCUCUGUAUCUGCAUGCCACGGUACUGGCGAUGACCCCUUGUCGCCGUCAUGUUACCCCUCACUGUUCUUCAAUUGGUGGAACAGCGUGUUUCCUCACCCUGCCUCUGAACUUACGAAUGGCGCGAUGCGUCGAACAAGCUCGGCAUACUUUUCGUUUUGUAACACCCACCAUGUACCAGAAGUCACCGACCUGGUCAUCGUGGAAUUGGACGUGGAGGAUGCGGGAGACCGCCAGUCAAUGGAUAACUUCGAGCUUCUUAUUCGCUCAUUACUCAUACGUCCAGACCAGCCUGCUGUAUUAAUACUUGGACACUCAAGUCCCCAAGCCCUUGAAGAGAGCGGUUUCCUUGGCCCUGACCGAUGGCACACCCUCGUAGCACAGUUUUAUGACGUUCCUCAUAUUAGCGCCAAACCUUUGUUGUAUCCCUUGUACCUCCAUAACCCCUCACAAGUACAACAGUACUUCGCCGACCCGAUCCUCGCUAACUCGAAAGGCCACGAACUCCUUUCUGACGUCCUCAUCUCCUACUUCCAGUCUCAGACAUGCUCUGCAUGGGCCUCUGCAGUUGGCACAGCUCCCGAACUCACUCCUGGUCCCGGUCCAGCGGUGUACCGAGAGAAAGCCAAGACCCCGACCGACGCUCGCGGCCUGUUUGGCGGUGUAGCGCAGCGGAAGGGCGCAGCAGGUGCGGCAGCGCCUGAGGAUCCCGAGGCCGCUGAUACAGGCGUGAACGCCAACCCAGCUCAUGUUGCGUUUGCUGAGCCUGGUUCGCGCCAGCUCUCCGAACAACUGUACCCCAACCUCAAGGUCCCACAGGCGCGGAUCGGUUCGCGCCCUGCCGACUACCUUGAGCGUUCGUUCGAGGAGAUCUCGCCGUUCUGCGUGAGUGCGAACGACCUCAUCAACCCACUCCCGCCAUCGAUGUUCUCUGGCAGCGGCUGGGAGGUGUUCCACCCCGCGCCCGGCUUCGCGGAGCUGAACAGCCACGCGCACUACUGGUAUUCGAGUCUGCCCACGAGCAAGCUCCGAGUCGGCUUGCAGGUCGGCGCGGGUGACAUAGGCAUCUACUACCUCAAGGAACCCGCCAGCGAAGUCGGCCUGGGAAGUGCGAUUGAGUGCUGGGUGGAUGAUAACUACCCGGGUGCGGUCGUCAUCGAGAAUUCCGCACAGAUCUCGGAAGCUAUCCCCACGCUUGAGAUCAUCGACCACUACGUCCAGCGUGGCUCGCACUACGUCGAAUGUCAGCUUCUUGGCGAAGAAGACGACAGGAACGUACCACCAUUCAAGAUCAUCGGUAUCUUCUCCACGUGAUUGUGCUGUCGCAUUCUCCCCUUCAAUUCCUAGUGAGGCGUCCAGUACCCCUCAGCGUUCAACACGGACAAACCUGGCACGCUGGCACACUUUCCAAUACCCGCAAUGCGCGGCUCACUCCUUGCAUAGACCAGCUCUCCUUUGAUUUAUUAGACCACAACUAUAUGCCGCGUUCCAUGUACAUGGGUCUUACGAUAAUAAUAAGUAUGUAAGAAUCAGACUUACCGCC